UUUUUGUUUCUCCUGUUCCAGGCAAGGCAGAGAGAGAAGAUGAACGAGGAGCAUAACAAACGCCUGUCCGACACCGUCGACAAGCUUCUGUCAGAGUCUGAUGAGAGGCUCCAGCUUCAUCUCAAAGAGAGGAUGGCUGCCCUGGAAGACAAGAAUUCUCUAUUACGAGAAGUUGAAAAUGCAAAAAAGCAGUUAGAAGAGACACAACAUGAUAAGGAUCAGCUCGUACUGGACAUCGAAGCCUUGAGGGCUGAGCUGGACCAAGCGAGGCUGAGAGGCGCGUCCCUUCACCACGGCCGACCCCACUUGGGCAGUGUCUCGGAUUUCAGGUUCCCUGUGGCAGACGGUCCCGCAGACGCCUCCAGCAGCAGCGCGGUGUUGCGGCGCCCCCAGAAAGGCCGCGUGGCAGCCCUGCGGGAUGAGCCAUCCAAGGUACAGACUCUUAAUGAACAGGAUUGGGAACGUGCCCAACAAGCGAGUGUCCUGGCCAACGUGGUACAGGCCUUCGAGAGUGAUGUGGACGCGUCCGACGGCGAAGACGACAGGGACACCAUCUUCAGCCCGGCUGGCCUCUUGUCCCCCAGUGGGCAGGCCGAUGCCCAGACGCUGGCCAUGAUGCUUCAGGAGCAGCUGGAGGCCAUCAACAAGGAGAUCAGGUUGAUACAGGAAGAAAAGGAAAACACAGAGCAGCGGGCGGAGGAGAUUGAGAGUCGAGUUGGCAGUGGGAGUUUAGACAAUCUUGGUCGUUUUAGAUCAAUGAGCUCCAUUCCCCCCUACCCUGCCUCCUCGCUCGCUGGCUCCUCUCCUCCGAACAGUGGCCGGUCCACCCCGCGAAGGAUUCCGCACAGCCCAGCUCGGGAGGUGGACAGACUAGGUAUCAUGACUCUGGUAAGGAUUUGUCUUUUCUUGUGCUGUCUCCCCUCGCCCCCGACACACCUGAUUUAAGUCUUGGACACAAGGAAUAUGCUUUAUUUUUAACCCGGAAGAAAAUCAGGUACAUUUGUUACGCUCAGAGGUUUAAGAUUUUUAAAACCAGCUCAUAUUUAAUCAUUCAACAAUAGCAUGGUGACAAAUUAAUUUUAAUAUUGGGGUGAUGCCUGAACUCCAGAGAAGUUUUCACUUGUUCAGCUCUGAGCGUGGUCAGCUCUGCAGGGUUCGGCAGCUAGGGGGAUAUUUUUGUUUUCCAGCGA